GAGGAGCGGGCGGAGGAGGAGCGGAUGGCGGCGGAGGAGGAGGAGCGGAUGGCGGAGCAGGAGGAGCGGGCGGAGGAGGAGCGGGCGGCGGCGGAGGAGGAGCGGGCGGCGGCGGAGGAGGAGCGGGCGGCGCUGGCCGCGAUCUUCUGCGGCCCCGGCGAGUGGGAGGUGCUCGGCCGCUCAGAGACCCGGGGCUCCGUGUGCAGAGUCCGCACCACGGCCGAGGGCCCGUCGGGCCCGGACACCCCCCUGGAGCUGGUGUUCCACCUGCCGGCCGGCUACCCCGCCUGCCCGCCGGGCGUCUCCGUCGGCUCCGAGCGCCUGACCAGGGCCCAGUGCGCGGCCCUGAGGGACCAGCUACUGGAGCAGGCCCGGGCCUUCCCGCCGGAACCGAUGGUCCACCAGCUGGUCCUCUGGGCCCAGCAGAACCUCAGGCACCUGCUCGCCCCGCCGGGCUCGGGAGCCGGCCCCGGCGGGUGCGCCACGGCGGGCCCCGGGGAGGCCGAGGCGCCCUGGACGGCCCUGGUGCGCCUGGACCACAUGCGGGCGAAGGCCAGCUACACGAGGACCCUGCGGCACUGGGCCUCCGCCCUGGGGCUGGCCGGGCGGCUCCUGUUCGCGGGCAGGGUCAUCCUGCUGCUCCUGCAAGGCCCCCGGGACCGCGUCAAGAGAGGAAAACUUGGGGCCCAGAGCUUCAGGCACCCACAGACAACAUCCUGCUUGUCCCGCAGGAGUUCCUGGUGCUGCAGAGGACCUCCAAGGUGGACGUGGACUCGAGUGGGAGGAAGUGCAGAGAGAGGAUGGCCAGCGUGCUGUGGGAGGCCUGGGCGCAGCCGGGACACGCCAGGUUCCUGGCCUUUGAAGUCAAAGAGUUUUCGUCGCUGGACGAGCUGCAGAAGGAGUUUGAAGCUGCAGGACUCUUGGCGCUGUUCUCCGAGUUGGCCCUGGGGCUGGUGAAGUGACGGAAGACGGCAUUUUUUCUUUUUUUUGAACAGCUGCGUUGGUUUGUUUCUGUUUGCAUUGGAUUUUGGGGGUGGACAGCCGGAAGCCCUCAGAGAGGGAUGAUUGCAGAGUGUCUGUGCGGCCAAACGGGAGACGCCGUCCUCUCUUCAGGAACAAAAGCCGAUUCUGUUUGCGGAAUUUUACGCAGUUAAGACGCCCGUGUUGUUUUUUUAUU